AAACUAGAAGACCAGAAAACCAACAAUAAGAGUUUUUUUCUUCUUCCAAGCUUUGUACGAUCUCUGUCAAUCAGGGAGGAUUGAAACUAACUUAAACUCCAAGUCUGCCUCAGCUGAGCCAUCCCGAAAUCUUGAAGUGGGUACUAGAAAGCUUCCAUGUCAAUUACAAUUGUUAGCAGUUUUAUCUUUGCAAAGAAGAGGAAGCUGGUGCAGAUAUUCCCAGACAGUCUGAGAAUAGCAUGGAACUUGUGGGAAAUCCGCGCCACGGUGCUACUUAGCCUCAUCUUACAAGCUGGUCUAAUCAGAUUAGGCAACAGGAGAAAGCAUUCAACUAGCAACUGGCUCAGAUUCGUUCUGUGGCUCGCCUACUUGUCUGCAGACUGGCUUGCAACACUCUCCCUCAGUAUACUUUCCAGCAGUUCAACACAAGAAGAUGGAAAUUCUAAAGAACUAGACCACAUCAUUAAAGCAUUUUGGGCUCCCUUUCUUCUCCUCCACCUUGGUGGACCGGACACCAUCACCGCGUCCUCUUUGGAAGACAACGAGUUAUGGUGGAGGCACUUUCUUGUGCUACUUGUCCAGGUGGGAGUGGCUAUCUAUAUCUUUUUUAGUUCCUUGGGUGGUCAUGUGCUUAACUUGCUAGCUAUUCCAAUGUUUGUGGCUGGGAUUAUCAAGUUUGGAGAAAGGACUUGGGUUCUGAGGUCUGCAAGCAGUGAUAAUUUUAGAGAAUCUAUGUUUCCUCCUCCUGACCCCGGCCCCAAUUACGCAAGAUAUAUGAACGAAUUCCGCUCCAAGCAAGUUCAAGGGUACAAGGUUGAGUUGGGGAGUGUCAUUGAAACUCCCAAAGUGGGUUACCAUUCAAAUACAUCACAAGAAGGCAUCUUUGAUGGUGCAGCCAAUCUGCAAGAAGCCCAUGUUUUCUUCAGCAUUUUCAAGGCCCUAUUCGCUGAUCUCAUCCUCAGCAUCCAUGACAUUGAGAACAGCAAAUCCUUCUUCAAGAGCAGAUCUUAUGGUGAAGCUUUCGAAGUGAUUGAGAUUGAGCUUGGGUUUAUGUAUGAUGUAUUUUAUACAAAGGCAGUCCUGGUUUAUUCUGUCAAGGGCGCCAUUCUUCGUUUCAUCAGUUUCGUUUGCAUAAUUUUUGUUUCUGUGAUCUUCUUUGUCAUUGAGAAGCAAGCUUACUCGGAAGAAAAUAUAAUUAUCACUUACAUAUUGCUUGCUGGAGCUAUCACCCUAGAGAUCCAAGCUGUAGUUUCACUACUGUGCUCAGAUUGGACAAGGCUAUGGCUGAGUAAGAACAAGAAAGCAGCAAAAUUGCUGCAUCCAGUCAUUUUGUCCAUUUCCUCAGCUGAGACCAAGAAGAAGUGGUCUAAUUCCAUGAAACAAUACAACUUAAUCAGAUUUUGCCUUGAAGAUGAGCCUGUCCAGUGCAGUUUUCUCCACAACGUCCCGAUGUAUAAAAAGGGGAAGAUAUAUAAGAAAUUCAAGAAGCAUCUCUACAUGGACUUGGAGAAAGUUUGUCCAGAGUUGAAAGAAAUGAUAUUUCAACAGCUUCUAGAGAAAUCAGAGAGGGCCAAAACACUUGAGGAUUACAAGAGAUUAUGUGCUCAUAAGGGUGACUGGGUUCUUAAAAACAAGAAUCGUAUUAAUGAAUUUGGCUGGAGUAUUGGAGAAGAAAUUGAUAAAAGCAUUCUUAUUUGGCAUAUUGCAACAGACCUCUGUUACUAUUCUGAUGAUAUGGAAGACCAAAAUUCUGUCAAGCAUCAGAAUUGUAUAAACAGCAAGUUGCUAUCAGAAUAUAUGUUGUACCUUCUAGUAAUGUGUCCCUUCAUGCUACCCAAUGGGAUUGGACAAAUCAGGUUUCAAGACACAUGCGCCGAAGCCAUGGUAUUCUUCAAAGAAACAAAAUUCAAAGGAGCUAAAGAGGCUAGCAAAGAGGCUAGAGAAGAGUUGCUUGAUGUGAGCACUGACAUUCUUCCAGCAAAAAUAAAAGGAGAUCGAAGCAAGUCGGUGCUAUUCGAUGCAUGCAGGCUUGCUAAAGAUUUGCAAAGGCUGGAAACAGAGGAGGAAUGGGACAAUCAAAAGAAGUGGAAGUUGAUAAGUCAUGUGUGGGUGGAAAUGUUAUCUUAUGCUGCAAGUCAAUGUCCACGGAGUCAGCAUGCUCAGCAACUCAGGCAUGGUGGAGAGCUGCUCACUCAUGUCUGGUUUCUUAUGGCACAUCUUGGUAUAACAGAACAGUUUCAAAUUUCACAGGGCCAAGCUAGAGCUAAGUGGAUUGUGCAGUGAAAAGGAUCUGCAAUGCCUGCUUCUUCUCUUAGCAGUUAGCAGGGAUCUUUGUGACUCACGGGAAUUAAAUUUGCUUAUCCACAUAGAUUGGUUGUAUUAUGCAGUGCUUGUAUUAUUAUUUUUCAUCUGUGAUUUAGUAGCCUUAUAUUAUAAGUUGGUUCCUCAAAUUUUAAUCCAGUAUUAAAUUUGUGU